GAGCGGAGCGGAGCGGCGCAGCAACUUUUCCUGGCUCCCCCCUUGGGCGGGCGAGCGAGCGAGCGAGUGCGCGCGCGCCGGGCUCCCUCCGCCGCCGCCGCCGCCGCCGCCCUGCACUUUCGCACCCCAAUGACGGAUUAAAAAUCUGCCGCCCUGAAACUGGCUGGAGAAGUCCGGUCGAGGGGAACCGGGCAAAGCACAAAGAUGUCUCUUCACAGCACAAGAGCCUCGGCUCUCCUCGCGUGGGUGAACAGUCUGAAGUUGGAUGACCCCCUGAGUGCCUUGUCUCAGCUCCAGGACUGCAGCACCUUCAUCAAGAUCAUUGGCAAAAUUCAGGGCACCGACGAGGGACAGGCGGUUUUGCAGCAGAGUUUGCAAGAGCGGGUUGCCUAUGUCGUCGGCUUUCUCGAGAAACUUUGCAAGCACAAAUCGACCAAACAGAACCUGGUAUCUGAGGAGAAGCUUUUGGCUGCUGAGGAACUGGAACUAGCCAAGGUGGUCACGCUGCUGCUUUACUACGCUUCCAUGAGCGAUAAGAUCCCCAGGGAAUGGGCCACGGUUGAGCACGAUCUCCAGACGGAGAUGGCCAAGUUCCUGAACUUUAUGCUGUACAAUGAAGAUUGCCUUGAUGAGAACCUGGAGAGCUUCCUUCAGAAGGAGAUGCCUCCGUCGCCCAGUCUCUCCAGCGCCCGCACGGAGGAGGCCACCCCGCCAAAGCGCGAGGUGCACUUCUUGUCGCUGCAGAAGAUCGCGUCUUCCUCCGGCCUGAACACGCUGCCUCCGGGGGCCUCUGCCUCCCCCGUGGGCGACGUCAUGCAGACGCCUCAGUUCCAGGUGAGGAGGCUGAAGAAGCUGCUGGAAGCUGAGCGGGAGAACCGAGACGACCUGGAGCGCGAGCUGGCUGAGGCCCGGAAGCUCCUCGAUGAGAAAGACACCCGAAUCCUGGUGAUGAAACAACGGAUUGACCGCCUGACCCUCCUCCAAGAGCGACAAGCAGCUGAUCAGCUGGAACCAAAGGAACUGGAGGAGCUCCGGGAAAAGAACGAGAGCCUCCUGAUGCGCUUGCACGAGACGCUGAAGCAGUGCCAGGACCUGAAAACGGACAAAGGCCAGAUGGACCGGAAAAUCAGCCAGCUGUCAGAGGAGAACGGGGAUCUUGCGUUCAGGCUGCGCGAGUUCUCCCGCACCCUCACGGAGCUGCAGGAGGCCAUGACCGAGCUCUCGGGGGAGCACAGCACGGCGCUGAGCGCGUGGGAGGAGCAGAGAAGCUGCCUGGAGAGCGAGCUCCGCGGCGCCCUGAGCGAGAAGAGGGGCCUGGAGGAGAACCUGGAGAUUCUGCAGGGGAAGAUCUCGCUGCUGGAGGACCAGCUGGCCACCCUGAAGGAGAGCUGCGCCCUGCCGGAGAAAGGCGAGGUCAUCGGGGACGUCCUGAAGCUCGAAGGCCUGACUCAGCAAGUGGCCCACCUGAGCAGCAAGCAGGCUGAGCUUCAGGCCACCGUCCUGCAGCUUGAGGAGGAGAAGCGCUCCCUGGAGGGCAGCCUGCAGUCGGAGAGGGGGAGCUUUGAGGCCGAGAAGCUCCAGCUGACGGGCCUCCUCGCCGACCUGCAGCAUUCCGCCUCCGAGGCCUCCCGGGCCAAGGAGAAGCUGGAGCAGGACCUGCAGGCGCAAGCGGAGCGCUGGACGGCAGAGAUCGCCACCCUGACCGGCUUCCUCCGCCAGAAGGACGAGGAGCUGCUGGCCCUGCAGCAGCAGGUGGAAGCGGAGCGGGGCCAGAGAGGCCAGCUGGCAGAGGACGCGCGGAAGAGCGGGCAGGAGUCCGCGGCGGCCCUGGCGGAGCUGCGCCACCAGGUGGAUCAGCUGAGCGAGCGGCUGAAGCAGAGCGACGAGAAGCUGCUGCAGGCAGAGGCCGCGGGGCGGGACGAGCGGCGCAAGGCCGCACGGGAGGCCGAGGCCGCGCUAAGGCAGCUGAAGGACAAAGAGGCGGAGCUGUGCGCCCAGGCCGAGCGGCUGCGGGUCCUGGAGCAGGCACAGAGCGCCUCUGCCGCGGAGGCCCAGCGGGAGAAGGCCGAGCUGAGCCAGAAGGUGCAGGAGCUGGGCGCGAGGGUCGCGGCCCUCACCGCCCAGUGCCAGCAGAGCGAGGCCCAGCUGGGAGCCGUGCCGGCCCUGAAGGCCCAGCUGCGCGAGGCCCAGCAGAAGCUGGCCGACAAGGAGAAGCUCUCCCGGGAGAACUCCCGUCUGCAGGAGCGGCUGCUGGUCCUGGAGGAGUCUGUCCGCAACACAGAAGGCAUCCUGGAGGAUGAGAAGAGGAGGGCGGCCGAGUCCCUGGAGGGCAACCUCAGGCGCAUAGCAGAGCUGGAGGAGCAGCUCCAGGAGCUGACGAGGCACCGGGAGCAGGCGGAGCAGGCGCUGGGCGAGGAGGGGGCUAAGCGGCAGGCGCUGGAGGGGCAGGUGCGGCAGCUGGAGGAGGAGUCCCAGGCCAAGGUGGAGGAGCUUCAGCGUCAGCUGGCAGAGCUGUCUGCCUCUGCCGCCCAAGAAGACCCCCGAGAGUGUGGGAGGCUGGAGGAAAAGAUCCGCGCCCUGAGCCGGGAGCAGGAGCAGACCCUCCAGAAGCUGCAGGCCGAGCAGGAGAAGGUGGCGGACCUGGAGGGCCGGCUGAAACGCCUGAGCGCAGAACACCGGGAGGCCUCAGCCGAGCUGCAGGCUGGCACGACGCGCGCGCUCUCCCAGGUCAGGGAGAAGGAGGCCGUGGAGGAGACGCUCAGGGCCGAGAUCGCCGCCUUGCAGAAAGCGGUGGCCGUGGCCCGCCAGGAGGUGGCCCAGGGCGAGGCCAGGGCGGCGAAGGACGGGCGCGAAGCGGCACGGGCCCUCGAAGCCGCCGCCCGGGACCUGGCGGAGGAGAAGCGCAAGGUGGCAGCGCUGGAGGCCAGGGUGAAGGAGCAGGGCGAGCGGAGCCACGAGGAGCUGGCCGCAGCGGAGUCCAGCCUCUCCGGCCUCCGCUCCGCCCUGGAGGAGAGGCAGCGCGAGGCGGAGCAGCUCGCCGGCCGGGUGGCGUCGCUGGAGGCCCAGUUGGAGGAGGCCUCGCAGCAGCACCGGCGCGAGCUGGCCCUGCGCGACGAGGAGGCGAGGCGGCUGGCCGGCGAGCAGGAGCGGGCCCGGGCAGAGCUGGCCGCGGAGAAGGCCGGCAGGGCGGCCCUGGAGGUCCAGCUGCAGAACGCCAGCAACGAGCACCGGGUGGAGGUCUCCGGGCUGCAGGAGGAGGUGGCCCGGGCCCAGGAGCUGGCGGGGGAGAAGGAGCGCGAGCUGGAGGAGCUGCGCCUGAAGAACGUCUCGCGCAGCGAGGAGCUGCGGGACCUGCAGAAGACGGUGAGCAAGCUGAAGGGGGAGCUGGCCUCGGUGGAGGCCCUGAAGGAGCGGGAGGCCAAGAUGGAGAGCGAGCUGCAGGGCUUCCUGGAGGUGGCCCGCACCCAGGAGGCCGAGAUGGACAGCAUCCGCUCCAUGGUCCACGCCAAGGACCUGUCCCUCAAGAGCCUGCAGGAGGAGAACCGGCACCGGGAGCAGGAGUGCGCCUCCAGCCGGGAGCUGUGCGAGCGGCGCCAGCAGGAGUGCGAGGCGCUCCGCGGGCAGCUGGGCCGGCUGGAGCGCCAGUGCAAGGAGCAGCAGGGCGCCGUGGCCAAGCUGGAGAAGGGGGCGGCCGCCGCCGAGCAGCAGCAGCGGGCCGAGCUGGAGGUGCUCCGGCGGGAGGCGGCGCAGCACAGGCAGCGGGUCUCCGAGCUGGAGGCGCUGCGGGGGGCCUCCGAGGCCGCGCAGGGCACCGCCGUCGAGCAGCUGCGGCGGGAGCUGGCAGAGCAGGGCGAGGAGCUGGCCCGGAGCAGGGCGGCCGCAUCGAGCGCCGAGAAGGAGCUGGCCGCCCUGCGCGCCUCGGCGCAGGAGAAGGGCAAGGCCGAGGAGAGCUGGAAGGAGCAGAUGGCGCGCUGCCUGCAGGAGGGCGAGCGGAAGGCCGGCCUCAUCGGCAGCCUGGAGCAGGAGAUGGCCAUCAUGCACCGGCAGCUGCUGGAGAAGGAGGCCGAGAGCAAGGACCUGCGGCGGCUGGUCCUGGCCGAGUCCGAGAAGAGCAAGAAGCUGGAGGAGCGGCUGCGGCUCCUCCAGUCGGAGAUGGCGACGGCCGCCUCCCGAGCCGCCGAGCGGUGCUCCGCCAUGAAAGUCGAGGCGCAGAGUGCCCAGGAGCAGGCGGAGAAGCUGCGGGCAUCUGCGGAGGCCCUGCGGAAGGAGGUGGGCGCGCUCUCCAAGCGGGAGGAGGGCCUCCGCGAGGAGCUCAAGACCUGGCAGGAGAAGGUCUUCCAGAAGGAGCAGCUGCUCUCCGCACGGGAGCAGGAGCUCUCCGGCGCCCAGGCCACGGUCGCGGAGCUGCUGCCCGCCCAGCGGCUGUGCCAGCAGCUGCAGGCCGAGCAGGCCGCCCAGGAGCGGAGGCACCGGGAGGCGGUGGAGCAGCUGCAGGCCGAGCUCGCCCGGGCCCGGCUGGAGCUGCCGGAGCUGCUCUCCGCCAAGGAGCGCUGCCUGCAGCAGGAGCGCACCGUCCAGCAGCUGCGGGCGGAGAACAGCGGCCACGCCGAGCAGCUGGCCACCCUGCAGCGGGCCCACGCGCAGCUGACGGAGGAGCACCGGGCGCUCGGCGAGAGCUCCGGCCACGGGCUGCAGCGCCUCGGCGCGGAGCUGGCGCAGGCCAAGCAGAAGCACGCCCAGGAGCUGGAGGCCGCGCGGCUUGACUCCGAGAAGCGCCUGGCGCUGAGCAAGCAGGAGGCCGAGGAGGCCCGGAGGAGGCUGGAAGCCGUGACCGCCAAGCACGAGGAGGCCAGGCAGCAGCUGCUGGUGCAGGUGGAGCAGCUGGAGGCUUGUCAGAAGCAGCACGCCAAGCAGGUGGACGAGCUGAAACAGAAGCUGGCUCGGCAAGACAAGGCCGGCCAAGGCCAGCAGCAGAGGGCAGAGGCGCGCGAGAAGGCCCUCCUGGCGGACAUCGAGCGGCUGAACGAGAAGACGGCGGAACUGCAGGGGCAGCUGGCGGAGAAGGAACAGGCCGCCGAGCACUACAAGGCCCAGGUGGAGAAGGCCAGGACGCACUACGACGCGAAGAAGCAGCACAACCAGGAGCUGCUGCAGAAGGUGAAGCACCUGGAGCAGCUGGAGGAGGAGAAUGCCGGGCUGCGGGCCGAGUCGGAGCGCCUGGCCAAGGAGCUGCAGCACGUGGUGCUGCAGGCCAAGGAGUCGGAGCUCAACUGCAAGAGCCUCAGCAGCCGAGUGCGGACCCUGGAGGCGCAGGUGCAGUUUGCUGAUCGCCAGCUGCGAGGGCAGGGGAAGCCCCAGGCGGCCACGGACAUCUUGAAGCGCCGCGAGACCUUCAGGCAGGGCUCGGCCGACAUCAGCUCCGACAGCCUGGAUUUGAGCACCGGCGACGAAACGCAGCUGCUCAGCUCGACCGGCCGGAGGACCCGCCGGUCGCUCUCCGAAUCCGGGGCCUCGGAGUCUUCCAAGGCGCCGCACGAGCUGCCCCACAAGGUGGAGUCUCUGGAGAGCCUCUGCUUCACGCCCAUCCCCACGCGGGCGCGGUCCAAGCUGGAGGGCAGCCUCUCUGCCGUGGGCGACGUGUCCUUCGAGUCGGGGCGGAAGAGCCUCUCGGGCCGCCGGCGCACAACGCAGGUCGUCCACAUCACCAUGACCAAAAAACAGGCCGAGCCGGACACCCCGUACAGCGCCAGCGAGCCCUUCAGCCUGCAGCCGGCCGGGUCUCAGGCAAGCGCCCCCAGCCAGGAGUCGGUCAAGACCCGCCUGCGCUCCGCAGCCUCCUCCUCCACCCGCUCGCUCGCCAGCCUCCCCUCUCAGGAGUCCCUCGCCCGGCUGGGGGCCUCUUCCCCCAGCGACGCUGCGGCCAACGCUGCCCUGAUGAACCUGCCCGGCUACCGGCCCGCGACCCGCAGCUCCAUGAGGCGCUCCCAGGCCGGCGGGGCGAGCACCGGCCGGCGCAGCAGCAGCUUCUACGUGGGCACGUGCCACGAGGAGCCCGAGCAGCUGGACGACUGGAACCGCAUUGCUGAGCUGCAGCAGCGCAACCGAGCGUGUCCCCCGCACCUGAAGACCUGCUACCCGCUGGAGUCCAGGCCCUCUCAGUCGCUGACGACCAUCACGGACGAGGAGAUGAUGACUGGGGACCCCCGGGAGACCCUCCGGCGGGCCAGCCUGCUGCCCACGCAGGCCCCCGAGGGCCCCCUCACCCGCCGCAGCACCCUGAGCGCCGCCUGGGCCGGGGGGGGCGUUGCCACGCGGCAGCAGAGGAAGCGCGUCUCGGAGGCGUCCCAGCUGGGGCCGGGGACCCCGGAGUCCAAGAAGGCUGCCAGCUGCUUCCCGCGGCCCCAGACCCCCAAAGGGAGGACCGAGGAGGGCAAGCACAGCGCCCACGCUGCAGGGAAGAAGGGCAAAGCCCAGGCGCCCGGCAAGCAGUCGGAGAGGCGCCAGUCGCUGGCAUUCAGCAUCCUGAAUACUCCCAAGAAACUGGGCAGCAGCCUCCUGCGCCGCGGGGCGAGCCGCAAAGCCACUCCCAGGAACUCUCCCCGGGGCAGCAGCCGCAGGUCCCCGCGGGCAGCCGCGUCUCCCCAGAGCAAGGCAAGCUCCAGCGCCCCGAAGAGCACGAAGUACUGAGCCGCGUCUCCGGGCCGCAAGCGCUUUCCCGUGUGCCGCGUCUCCGGAGGGAAGGGAGCGCGGUGCCGGCCAGCCCUGUCUCCGGCGGCCCCUCCCGUGCUGCAGGCCCCCCACCUCCUCACCACCAGGAUGCCUCCUGGUGCCCCCGCAGAGCAGAGUGCGGUGACGGGGGCGCUCUCACCCGCGGCGCACGGUGCGCCUGUGCGCUGGGGAGCUGGGAUGGGCCCCACGCCAUUCCAGCUGGUGCCCAGGCGGUCUGGGAGGAGAGACCUUUGCACGGCUGGGACGGGAGUGGCGUUGCCAGCAGGCGCCGCACAGCGAAGGCCGGGGGCGCAGAGUGGGAGUUGGGGCUUGCCCCCCCACGCCCGCCCCCCGCAGGCCUCGCCCGCCCGGGCAACGCCCUCCGAUGAGCAGCCGGCUCUCCCCGGCCCGGAGCCCCAGCGCAGGCCCCACCUCUCCAUGGGCACGGCGGGGCUGCCCCGUCGCUGCCGCGGACUCCCAGGGCGGCUCCGUGGAGAGCUCCCCCGCCCAGCCCACUCUGCGCCCGUGCAAGUUCUCCGUUGCAAGGUGUCCCUUCCCCAGUGGAACUCCCAUCUGCGGAGACCGGGGGGCACGGAUCCAGCAGAGGCCUCCGGAACAAGCUGCCGGCCCUUUUUCAGCAGGCCGGGAAACCGGCUGGCGCGCCGGGCUUUGCCCCGGCCACCUUGGGCUCCAGCACCUUUGGGGCAUCUCCACGCCUGUCAGCAGCAAAACUACGCAGCACAGGCAGGGUCUCCGGCCACUCUCGGGGGCGGGGGGCGGGCAGCUGUCUUCAAAUCCCCCGCUUGCCGUCGGCAGGAGGGGUUCCGCAGAGCUGUGGCUGGCGCACGCCUUCCCUUUGUCCCGCAGGCUUUACUUAGCUGUGUCGCUUUGUAUCGUACUCUGUAGGCCCUGGGGUGGAGUGGGGGGGGGGUUCAGUGCAGUGUUCCUCUUGGCAGGGGCUGUGGGUGGGGGCCGCUGGGGCCGGCUCUGUCCUGCCAGGGCCGGGGCGCUCUGGGGUGCGGUUUGGCAGAAAGGUCUCCUGCACACCCCCCAGUGAGGGCCACGCGGGAGAACAUCUGCCGGGUCGCGUCCCGCGUGCGAUCGCCGUUCCUUCGCCCGGGAGAGAGCGGCCCCUCCUUGCCCCGUGUGGCACCUGUCCCAGGUGAGUGCCGCAUCCCUGGCCCGGCUCUCCGCAGGCGCGGCCUGUUUGCCUCGAUGCCAGCCGGCCGUGCCGGUGCGGAACGUGGGAAGGAGAGGCGCAGGGCCGAGCUGGGCCCGGCCAGAGGGGCUUCGGAGCGGCCGGCGCUCCUCGGCGGGGUUGCCCCAUGCAUUGGUUCCAGGACACUGCCUGAGCGCAGCCCUCCCUCGCGACUGCCUGAUACUCGCCUUUGUAGAGAGAUUAGCUAUCAAACGUGUCAUUUUGAAUAAUGUUUCUACUUGUAAAUAAAUGGUAUUUUUCUCCCA